GCCAACGUUCGCUCCUCCUGCGCCACCUGAUCGCCGCGUCUCGCGCGUCGUCGACGUCGUUGCUGUUGUGGUGGUAGCCGUCGUAAUUGUAAGAAGUGUAGCGCGUUAGCGCUCUCGGCCAAGAUCACUAGGUCAUUUUGUCCCGCCACGAUCGCGCGUACAUCGUCGCCGAAUCGGUUUGUCGUGGUCGCGCCGAACGCAUAAGGCGAUUUACGUAAUUUCGUAAUAAUUUUUUUUCUCUGUUUCUCUGCUCCCCCGUUUCUUCUUCGUUCGCAAGCCUGUUUUUCGCGGUUGAAAAUUUUUUUUUCGUUUGUUUUCGUAUUUUUUUUUGUUCGAUGUGGCGCGUGUUUACGUAAUUUUUCGUGUUUUUUUCACCUCGUUUUGGAAAUUUUUUCCUUCUCUUUUUUCUCUUCAAUUUUUAUCGAACAGUAUACUUUCGAGCCGCAAAACAACGCGGUUCUAACUGGUUUAUCGGUUUUGUUUUUACUCGUAGCCCUUUCCGAUUUCGUUGUGUCUGUUGUCUGUUAUUUUUUAUUCCUCAUUUUUUCUUUCUUCAAGUACCGGUGACAAUACAGUCACAAUGUUCCGGUUAUGCGGCAUUUCGAUCAAUUUGGUCGCAUAGUUUGGUGGCGGCGUGGUCGAAAUACGUCGUCCGAGUGAUUUGGUGUUGACGUGAAAAUCCAAGUUUUUUCCCCUUCAAUUCUUGCCCCGUGCGUGGGCGCGUUCAGAGUUGGUUUUUGUGGAAGGUCCAACGAACUCGAAAUAUAACCGAAAAAUGUAUAAAAAGGAAAAGCCCAUGAUGUCGGUGGCGGCCAUUAUCCAGAGUGCGGCGGUGAGCCAUCAUAAUUGGCCUAGAGGAUUAAGUAAUUUGGACAGCAACGGAAUGUCAUUAUUAUCAAUGAGUCCGCAAUCGCCGAUUGAUUUGAAACCGGACACUGCCACCUUGCUAUCGGCCAAUUUAAGUCCACCGAAUUCGGUCACAGCUCCUCUCAGUCCUAGCCAAUUUUCUCUGGUUCAUUCGAAUUCUGUGAUUACCGGUUCAGCGAUGGUGAGUCCAAACUCGGCGUAUCCACCGAAUCAUCCGCUCAGUGGAUCCAAACAUUUGUGCUCCAUUUGUGGCGAUCGGGCUAGCGGAAAACAUUACGGAGUUUACAGCUGCGAAGGAUGCAAAGGAUUCUUCAAACGAACGGUCCGUAAAGAUUUGACGUACGCGUGUCGAGAGGAUAGAAAUUGUACCAUAGAUAAACGCCAACGAAAUCGUUGCCAGUAUUGCCGAUACCAGAAAUGUCUUUCAAUGGGCAUGAAACGAGAAGCAGUUCAGGAAAGACAGCGUACGAAUAAGGACCGAGAUCAAAACGAAGGAGAAGCUACCAGCACAGUGAUGACGGCCGAUAUGCCUAUCGAAAGGAUACUAGAAGCUGAGAAAAGAAUGGAGUGCAGUUCUCCGGAAAUAUUAUCCGAAAAUAAGAAUUUCUACAAAGCUACCGAAAGACAGUUGUUUCAAUUGGUCGAAUGGGCCAAACAUAUUCCUCAUUUUACAUCAUUACCAAUUAAGGAUCAGGUGCUGUUAUUAAGAGCCGGCUGGAACGAGCUAUUGAUAGCAGCAUUUUCGCAUCGAUCUUUAGAUGUUAAGGAUGGUCUAGUUUUAGCAAAUAAUUACACCGUGUAUCGACAUAACGCCACCGAAGCCGGAAUUAACAGCAUUUUUGACCGCGUGCUGACCGAACUUGUGAGCAAGAUGAGAGAAAUAAAAAUGGAUAAGACUGAAUUAGGUUGUCUAAGGACGAUUAUAUUGUUUAAUCCUGCCGUGAAGGGUCUACGCUCAGUACACGAGGUAGAACAGCUUCGCGACAAGGUGUACCUGUCGCUGGACGAAUACACUAAACAGGCGUACCCAAACGAGCCCGGUCGUUUUGCCAGACUACUGUUGCGGUUACCAGCUCUACGUUCAAUCGGCCUGAAAUGUCUCGAACAUUUAUUUUUCUACAAGUUAAUCGGCGAAGACCCGAUCGACAAGUUCCUGCUGGAGAUGCUGGAAUCUCACAACGAUUCGUAGCGUAUGGCCAACUACGGCGUACUAGAUGAGGAAACGCAGUCGCGUUCCUCCGUUCGCCUAUUAAUAUCUUCUUCGAAUAGUAAGAUGGUGAUCGUGUAAGUAAGAUCUGAGAUCACCGACGAGUCGGAAUUCACCAUCUUUUUACUCUGUACACAACGUCUCGUGUCGAUUGUAUUUUUCUUCUUUUUUAUAUUCUACUUUUAUCGCGAUGUCCCCCUUCCCUCGUUUCCUUUUUCUUCCCCAAUUUGACGUUUGUUUUUUUUCUUCUGUUUUUAUUCUCGUGUUUAUUAUUGUACUAUUUUUUUUUCUUUUUAUUAUUUUGUUUUCAUUUUAUUUUCUUUGAUGAUUUUUUUUUCUUUUUUAUUACGUCGGAGUGUUGAUGAUUUUGAUUUUGAUAUCGAUAUCGAUUGAUGUAUCGAGUAUAUUUUUUUAUUUGGAUGAAGGUGCUGAGGAGGAGAAGAGAAUGGUGGGAAAGUCAUGUUUUUGUGUUUGAAUGUACGUACUAGAAUGUGCGUAUUUUGUUUUGGGAUGAGAUGAAAUGGAAGGGAAGGGGAGGGGAUCCAAAUACGUUUUAAUGUGUUUUUAAUUAGAAUUUUUUUUCCCGAAAAUUGAAUAGUUUCUUUAUAAAAUCCACACCGAACUGAAAUCUAAAAAUUGACGAAAUCGAAGAUUAAAUCUAAAACAGAGUUAAUAAUUUAUCGUUUUAUUCGUUGAAAUUUUCCUACUUUUGAAACGACUGAAGUCAAAAAUCAUUUUGAAAUCAUUAAAAAAAUGAAAAUCUCAUUUUUGGAAUCCAAAAUCCAAAAUCAAAUAAGUAAAAUUUGAAUGAGAAUUUUCAUUUUCAUAAUUUUUCUACCUUCUUGAAUAAUUUUUUAUUUUUGAAAAAUCUUCUAAAUUUAUAUGAUUUUUUUGGAACUUCUCCUCUCAUUUUCUCUCAUUUUUUUGGAUCAGGUCGAUUUCAAAAAAUUUCCCUCGAGAUAAAAAAGCCAAAUUUCAAGAAUUCGGAGGCACUCUGUUGUCGGAAGAAAGAGGGGGUGAAGGGUGACUAAUGGACAGUGUAGUUUUAAGACAUUUUUUUGCAUUUUGAAAAAAGUGAAAUUUUUCAAAAAAUUUUGGGCUUCUGAUGAGUAAUUUUUAGCCUUGACUGAUGGACCUCCCGUCACCCUCGCCCCCCCUCUUCCUACCAUAACCAUAAAAUGUACAAAUUAUUGCUAGAAAAUUGUUUAUUUUUUUUUGAAAAAAAUACUCAUAAUCUUGAAAAAUUAUUUAAAUUUUGUGAACACGUUUAAAAAAUUUUAAUGAGUAUUUUUUUCGAAAAAAAUACAUUUUUUUCAAAUGAUUACUUACAAUUUUGAAAUUUAUAAAAGAUUACAUAAAAUUAUGUAAUGAAAUCUGUGACCCAAUUUCUCAAAAUUAUUGCAGCCUUUAUUUCGUUUCAUUUAUUAAAUGAUGCAAUUUUCAAAUUAUUUUCUAAUCAAUCAUAAAUUGUAAAAAAAUUGAUCGCUUUUGUAUUUGGAAUCUUUUUUUUUAAAACAAAAUUUGACGUAACAAUUUAAAUAAGUUUGUUUUCUCACCUCCUCGCCCUUCUAUCCAAUUUCUCAAAAAAAGACAUUCACCAAGUAUUCAAUUUUUUAUGUUACAAAUUAACAUUAUCUUAGAGAUAAUCGAAGCACUCCGACGAUAUUGAAAUUAGUACUCGAAAAACCCACACAUUAAUACGUUGUUGUUUUUUUUUUUGUUUUGUAUCAUAAGUACAAAAGAGUAAAAUUAUUCGAACUCUAUUAUUUGUCGCUAUGGUCGCCUCGCGUGGGUGCUAUUUAUUUAUACUAUUGUUAAAAUGUAUGUACACGUGUAACGUUAUCUGUUUUACUUUUCCUUGUUCCAUUUCUCGUGUGUUUGCGUUACUUUUUUUUUUUUUAAUCGAUAGAAAAAAAAGAAAGAAAAGAAACAAGAAAAUUAAAUAAUGUAUUUUAGCUUAAGUUUUAGAAACGGAAUUGUGAUUUUUGGAAAAUAUUCGUGUGCAGAUGGCUGGUGUAUUUUUGUUAAUUUGUUUUCUUCUGUUCGUUGUUAAAUUUUUACAAAUUUGUGUUACCAAGAAAAUUACGCUUAUAUAAGAAAAUUAACAUUCUUUGCGUAAAGUUUUUUUUUCUUUGUUUAUGUUUAACUCGAGAUGAUUGAGAAAAAAAACGAGCUGGAAUUUAAUUACCAUUCCUCUGAUUACCAGAAAUUUAUUACAACGUUUAAAUUAACGACCUCGUUUUAAUUCUAAAAGUAAAAAAAUCUAUUUAAGAGUCGUGUUGAGAAUAAAAAAAAAAAAAUUGUGCGAUUUGUCUUCCAAAGUACGUGGUUUUUAAUGAGUGAUGAUAAUUUUAUAAAUAUUUUAUCUAUAAGUGUACCUAUUUCUUUGUUUUCAUUGUUUGUAUGUAAAAUGACGAUCCUUUUGGUGUCGGUGUGCGAGCAAUUGUUACCUUGUAACGUUUUUUUUUCUCUUUUUUUUUUUUAUUUUUUUUUGAACGAAAGGAAAGGAACGUCAUUACAUUUUACGUGUUUGUUGUCUCGAGAUGACAAUUUAUUGUGCGUGUUUUUAAUAUUGUUUUCUGCAUUUAAAAAAUUCAUUUUUUCUAAGUAGUAUUUUUGGUCUCGUCACUUCGUGUACUGUUAAAAGUAGUUACGAAACUUUCGUAUAUUCUCAGCAGAACGCACAUUUUUUUUCUUCGAUUUUGAUGUUGUUUUCGGAUUUUUAAAAUAUAAAUGAAAAAAUUUUAAUCUCUCAUUUUUAUGUAUUUUUGUUUUUCGCGGACAUCUUUCGACCAGUUUUCAAGUUAUUUGUUCCUGUUUUUUGUAUUUAAAUUUAGGUUUAGUUAUCGUGCGUUUUAGGCAUAAGCGUUUAUUGUAAUAAUUAACUUUUGUCUUAGGUUAUUUUUAUAAAUUCCAAUGUUUUUUUUUCUUCUCGUAAAUAUGUACUUGUAUGUGAUUAUUAUAAAAAUAUACCAGUUUUAUAAUUUUGUUAA